GUGGUGCAGAAAGCUUUCGUGAGGUCUUUUGUGGGACGAAAUGCCCCCAAACUUUACACAUCAUUUUCGUGAAAAAAAUACACUGUUGUGACCGUAGAUCAAGACUUCUUUGUUAAGAUAAAUUUCAGCAUGAUUUCAGAUAUGGCAAGUAAAGACAACGCAACACAGCCAACGGCAGAACUGUUCUCAACAGCUGCCGUGCGCGCUGAACAAGGAUGGAAGAAGUUUCCAAUGCGGCGCGUUGGUGCUAUCGGCCCAAUUCCCGGACGGGCCCAAACCAGCGCAAGCACGGCUGUACCGGCUGCUGUUCUCCUAAACGAGCAAAGCCAGCAACAGGGUAAAGGAUUGAGUGAUGUGACCAGUGGGGCGGGCUCGGCAAUGGGAGCUUUGCCGAGCUUGUUGGGUAGUUUAUCAGGUCAAAAUACAGUCUUGACGGGGAACAAAUCUGAGGAACAGUUGUUACAGGAGCAGGUUUUUGCUGCACGCAUGAUGGGUGCUCCAGCAACUGUUGCUAGUGGUAUUGCUGCCACCUUUCGCUCAAAUAACGUUGUUAGCUCUAGCAUGAAUGCAUUACCCAAUUGGAAUACUCAGCCAAGCAUGACUUCACAGAAGACAUUACCUCCGGCACAACAAGCCCAGGCACAUUUGAUUGCUACUGCAUUUUUCAAUACAAUAAAGCCCAAAUUGUCCCAAGGAAAUGAAACACCACAGGCAGCACCUCAGAGCCAACAGCCUCAGGAUUUGUAUCAACUGCAACAAGAACUGCAGGCACAGCUGAAUAACAGGCAGCAGAAGCAACAACAGUACCUACUUCGGCCUCAACAGCAUGAAGUCCCAAUGCGGGUGCCACAACAGUUUUCAGGGUCAACUGCCGCACUUAAUGUGUCUAGUAAAGCGCAACCGCAAAAGUGGUCCAACAGAACUCAGAGUUUAACGUCCAACAAACAAAGCGAUAUCAGUUCAGGGGAACUUUUGGGCAAAUUACCCGGGAUGUUGUCAGCCUUGGAAAGUAAUGCAGGUCCGCAAAUUCCAGCCAUAGCACAUCAACGGGAGAUUCCAAGCGACCAAUCAAGCAAUUUGCAAAGGCAGCCAGCUGCAAACCUUACCUCAAAGUACUUCAAACUCCGUGGCCCGCUGCAGAAGAAUGGACCAGCUGUAGGUAGUUUGCCUGCCAGCAAUUUGCCCUUGUCAAUGUCAUCUUUAGCAACAAGUACCGGUAGUAUUACACAGCCGCAGAAACAGGGUUUGCAACUUUUGGAAAAAGCAAGAAAGCCUUUGCCCGUUGAGCUUCAGAUGACUCAGUCAAUGGAAGUGCUGCAGUCGCUCAAAGCAGAUGGAUACAUAGAUAGCCCAAAGAGGAAAAAAAUGGCAAAGGGCUCUGGGUUUGAGGCUACAACUGACAUAGUGGACAACAACAGUACCAUUUGGCCAAGCACAUUAGAGGGAGAUUGGAACCACCCAAAACCUGUUCCAGAACCACCAAAUUACAAAAACCUGAAAGGUGAAAAAACUCCCGUGGGUCGAUCAAAAUCCAAGAAGGCUGACAAAGUUCAUGGCAAGAAAACUUCCACACCGCCACAGUCAAGUCGGUCUCAAAACUUUCUGAAAGGAGUAGAUAAAGCUACAGAUGGAGCACCUAAAAGCCCAUGGCACGCCAGUGUAGACGCCUUUCUUCAAAGCACGAAACGGGCAACAGGGUCUGAUUUAAAGACGUCAUCUAAGGACCGCAGCGAAGUGCAGUCACCAGAAGUCACUACCCCAGUGCCAACAAUCUCGCCCAGUCUGUUUUCUACCGCCGUGGCGACCGAGAUCCCCUUCCUGACAGAGGUGGACACGGAUGAGACCAUCUCUUCCAUCAACCGGCGGGUGGAGAUGCUGAAGCAGCAGAAAGCCAAAAUCCUACAGGACCAGAUGGAGGAGUUCUACAAGGAGAUCAACAUAACUGAUGAUGGGGCUGGAAAAGAUGGCCCCACAGUCACACAUAAGAAAACAAUCAACCAGAAAGUGGCAGGGAGCCGUGACAAGGACAAAGAUAAGCCCAGGCUAAACGAACACGACAAAUCAAGACUGGAUGACAGACGUGAUAAAGACAGAGAUAGGCACAUUAACAGGGACAAAGAGAAGGAUAAGAGAAGGGAUGAUGACAGGGACAGACGGACAGGAACAAGAAGUCCACCGAGAAAGCGACCAUCAGAUUCAAAGAGGUCCAGGUCGGAAAGUCGUCAUCAAGAGCCGGAGAGAAAGCAGCAGGAUCACAAGCCUGCACUGUCCCCUCAGAGAUCAAGAAACAGUAGCCUGGAGAGGACCAAGAAAGAUGGGGCCAGCUCAAAGGAGUCUUCCAAGGAGAUCGAGAAGAGACAAGGAAGGUACCCUUCUGGCAACUUACACGUUCCUUCAGCAGACUCUGCUGAGCGAAGAGCCAGCCUCAGUCCAGAGAGGAAACGCAAGAGACUGGAUGAGAAAAUGGGUGAGGUGUUCAUUGACGGGAGGUGGCAGCAGUCGACUUUGAAGACGCCACCGGCCAGCACAAGAGGUGAAGACCAGCCGAACGGUGACAAGAGUAAAACCAAGGAUUCCAAGGUGGAUAAGAUCAAAGCCAAGAUGGGUAAAGAUCAGGAUAAUAAGAAGAGGGAAGACAUGGCCACGCCUUCAAAGAAAACAGAAAAAGAGGAGAAGACCACACCCACGAAGAAGACUGAAGAAAAAAACAAAGGGAAGAAUACUGAUACGGCAACAACAGGAAAGGGUGCCAGCACUUCAAAAGCCCCAGGUAACAAAAGUCCAGUGAAAAGUGACUCCCAGACCAAUACGGCAGAAAAGACAGACGAGAAAUCCGCACCCACUAAACCACCUGAAGCGAUGAAAGAAAAGAAUGACACGCUUAUCACUGCAGAAGGAAGAAAGGAACAGCAGGAUGACGGACUCUCCAAAACUGAAGGGGAGAAAGAAAAGGAGAUGACUGAAAGUAGGGAGAAGAAGAUGGCAGGAAAGGUCCAAAUAAAAAGUAUUAGCAAGGCAACAGAGUUGUCUGAGUCGCCGGCUGCCUCAAAGUCUACCAAGGUGUCUGAGAGCAGUGAUAAGGGAUCUUCCUCCGCAGCGCAAACUUCAACGAGCAGGGUUGUGCCUUCUAUCAAUAAAUCACUACCUCCAGCCAGUGUUAACACGUCAGAGUCGAGUCAAGUUUCGGGCACAUCACCAUCCGGUUCAACGGGCACAUCAACUGCCAAGCAAUCCACUUUGCCAUCUGAAGUCGAGGAGAUCAACGUCAAGCGGUCAACAGGUGUAUCAGCUGGCAAUGGUCCGUCUACAGUGUCAGCAUCUGCCACAGCAACAAGUGGGCCAGCUGUUGGCCAGAACAGCAGGAAAAGGAAAGGAGACAAAGUACCACUGACGGAGGACGUGCCAAAGAAAGUUUCUGUCAUCUCACAGGAUCCACCUUCAACUCUUGAAAUCAAAGACAGCAGUAUCCCACACCAGAUGGGACUUUUGGAAGCUCUAGCCAUAGAGGAAUACGUGCAGGACAAAGUGAUGGUGGAAUGGUUUUGUUAUGUCUGUGGUUCCAUCUGCCAUUCCUGGAAGGUGUACAUGGGCCACAUCGGAGGUCGCAAACACACCACUAAGUACCAGAGAUUGCUCCAUGCGGACUGCCCAACCCUGGAAAGAGAGCUCAUCUCCAAGCUGAAACUGCUGCCAAAGAAGGGAGCAGAUCCCAUCGCUGAGGCCACCAUGGGGAGCAGCAUCCUUGGACAGAGUUUCGCUCUGGCUUCAAAGAAGAACAUGACCGCGUCUCCACUGGCUGGUUCUGGCCAGGGGUCCUUCUUGCGCUCAGAAGAACACAAGAAAUCUGAAGGAAUCCGUCCUCGUUGUGUUGCAUGCAACCUCGUCUUCCAGAAGGUUGCAGAGUAUCGCAAGCACCUCAGGACACCAGCUCAUAAAAAGAAAAUUGCAGCGCAAGAGAAGCCCGCUGCUCCUCCUGUCAAGUCCUUACAAGCCCCCAAUGAGGCAAAUCAACCUUUGACAGAUGACAGCGUGAGAAGCACAAAUUCAGAAGGGACGAAAUCUCCUCAGCCAAAGUCCAGUGUCAUCGGGUCAGAGUUCAUCACCCCAAUCUCGGGCUUCUUUUGCAAGCUCUGUUCCAAGUUCUACAACAAUGAAAAGACUGCCAGAGAGGUGCACUGUGCCACCACCCUGCAUAUCGCAAAAACUCAGCAAUACUAUGCCAGCAGAAACCAGUCGAUGGAUACCAGCUUUAAGGCUAGUCAGGGCACUGUGCCUAGUGACACUUCAGUGACGGCCCCUGCACCUGCAGGAAAUGUACUGAGUAACCGUUUUGAGACCGCACAGGCUGAUGCAGGAGUUAAAACUUCUGUCAGCGACUACGUUGAUGGAGGUCAUCCAAGCUGUACCUCUCGUCCCAACUUUGACCAGAAGGCAUCCUCAGUCGGACAAGUGUUUCCAGUUGGCGGGUCAUUUAAGCCUGACCAUCCAGACACACCGGUGAUGCCCAGCUCAGACCCACAGUACGUGCCAGGUAGAGCUAUGUCAAAGACAUUGGCAGUAGCAGAAUCUCACAUGGAAUCAGUCACCACAGAAGUCAAGGAGGAGGGGGUAAAGCCAGGAGGAGCCAUGUUAAUUGAGACAACCAUGUCAAAGAGAAGCUGAGUCUAAGCAAGCUGAGGGGACA